AUGCCUAUGGCGAUGGCAUCUGAGGAGACUACCAGCGUUUGCACCCACUGUGACAGAGCCAUCCCAUCCUCUAACCUAGAUCUGCAUAUGGUACAUUGCUCCCGGAAUCUCGAAAAAUGUAAAAUCUGCGGGGAUAUGGUCCCCAAACGACAUUCCGAGGAACAUUACUCCAACACUCAUGCACCGGUUUCCUGUUCUCUCUGCAGUGAGACAAUGGAACGGGACAUUUUGGCUGUUCACAAAGGGGAAAACUGUCCCCAAAGAAUUGUGACAUGCGAGUUCUGUGAAUUUCCAUUGCCUGCAGCUGACUUGGCUGAGCAUCAGGAGGUCUGUGGGAACCGGACAGAACUGUGUCCCUUGUGCCGUAGAUAUAUAAGGCUUAGAGAGAGGUACAACCAUGAGCUUAGGUGCACUGGUGUACCCGAUAGCACAGUUGGAUCUUCCAGGGAUGUGAAUCCAAGGCCAACAGAGAGGGGGCCAAGAGGGGGAGUUCCUCCAAGAAGGCAGCCACAGGGGCAUUCGCGGAAACGCCUUUUCUUCACCAUUGCCAUAACCGGCAUUGCUGUUCUGUUAGGCUCGUUUCUUUUCCAGAAGAGACCUGAGGCAAAUCAAGUGCAGUAG